AUGCGUCGUGCGACUGUCUUUCCGCUGCAUGCCGGCGUUGUUAUAAAAGUCACUGGGGCGGCUCGUUUCUGUAGUGCAGCGGCCACCGCCGCUGCCGCCCCAUCGAUGCCGCCGCCGCCGGUGUCAACGACGGGACGGACGCUCAUCCGCAACAUGAGGCCGCGGGAGCUGAUGCGGGAGCUGGACAAUUACAUCAUUGGGCAGAACGAAGCAAAGAAGGCGGUAGCGGUGGCGCUGCGGAAUCGCUGGCGACGCCACCAUGUUGGUCCGGAAAUACGCGAGGAAAUUGCACCGAAGAACAUCCUCAUGAUAGGGCCUACGGGCGUUGGAAAGACGGAGAUUGCCCGGCGUCUGGCAAAGUUGGUGGAUGCGCCCUUUGUAAAAGUGGAGGCAACCAAAUUUACGGAGGUGGGCUUUCACGGCCGGGAUGUGGAGAGCAUCAUUGAAGACCUCUACAAAGCAUCGUUGACGCAAACAAAGCAGAAUCUCAUGCGGCAGAACGAAGCGGUGGCCCGACAGAAGGCAGAGGACCGUAUUUUGAAGGCUUUGGCCGGUGUGUCGGAUGGGUUUCGCGAGCACCUUCGCUCCGGUGCCCUGGAUGACAUAGAGGUGAUGGUGGAGCUGCAAGAAAAGGCACCGAAGCCCAAGACAGCAGCAGGCGAAGGUGUCUUUAUUGCCAUUGAUCUCCCCGGCGCCUUGGGCGCUGCACAGACCCGGACGGUGAAGAAGUUACUAAAGAUUAAGGACGCCCUUCCUGCCGUGCAGCAGGAGGAGCUUGAGAAGAUGGUUGACACGGAGGAUGUUUCCGCUGAGGCGUUGCGAGCCUGUGAGGAGGAUGGCAUCGUGGUGAUUGACGAAAUUGACAAGAUUGUCACCGCAUCCGGGGGGUACAAGGGACAUCAGGCCUCUGCGGAAGGUGUCCAGCAGGACCUGCUCCCGCUUGUGGAGGGCACAACUGUGUCAACCAAGUUUAAUGUGCAGAUUAAGACGGACAAAAUUCUUUUCAUUUGCAGUGGUGCCUUUCAUAACGUGAAACCCUCUGACAUGUUGGCAGAGCUUCAGGGACGACUCCCCAUUCGCGUAGAGCUGAAGCCGCUCACUUCCGACGACUUUCACCGCAUCAUAACAGAGCCCAAGUACAACCUAAUUAAGCAACAUAUUGCAAUGAUGGAAACGGAGGGAGUCAAACUUGUCUUUACGGAAGACGCUCUCUGGGAGAUCGCCACGGUUGCCGCUCACAUAAACUCCACCGUGCAGAACAUCGGUGCACGUCGACUCAUCACCAUCACAGAGAAGGUGGUUGAGGAAAUCAGUUUUGAUGGUCCUGACAGAAAGGGUGAGACGUUUGUCAUCGACGCGGAGUACGUCAAGAAGUCUGUAGAAAACAUGGUGAAAAAGGUGGAUAUUAAGAAGUUCAUUCUUUAG